GAAAAAGAAUAUUGCAUUACCAAGUGUUAGAUGGUAGUACUAAUAUAUGGUAAAUUCCAAGCAGUGGACCAUCAAAAGGUUGGUCUCUAGCUCUCUGUUUUUAAUGUGCCAUUCCAAUUCCAUGUUCCUAGUCUUUUAUUUCCAAUGUGUCCCAAUACAUUCCUUUCAAAUUGUGCCCAACGUAUCAUAGUAUCAGGAAAAAUUAGCCGUAUAAAAUUGAGCCAACUCCUACUCCUAGUUGAAGAUUCUUAAAACAACAGAAUCACCGAGAGUCCUUGCUAAGUGUUACGAAUGGCCAACCACACCAGCCAUCAAAGCUAUGGUUCAAUCAACCAUAAGCAAGCCCCAGUUGCUGUGAUCGUUGUGCCUUUCCCUGGCCAGAGCCAUCUGAACCAGCUUCUCCAACUAUCCUGCCUCCUUUCUUCCCACAAAAUUCCAGUCCAUUAUGUCUGCUCCAACAUCCACAACCGUCAGGUCAAGCUUCGCGCACAUGGCUUAAAUUCUUCCCAAAUUUCAAUGUUAACAUUCCAUGACUUAGCAAUCCCUCCUUUCAUUUCUCCCCCACCCAAUCCAAGGGCCACAACCAAGUUCCCUACUCAUCUGCAGCCAUCCUUUGAAGCCUAUUUGCACCUUCGCCACCCCGUUGGUGCACUUGUAAGUGAACUUUCUCAAUCAGCCGAAAGAAUAAUCAUUAUCCAUGACAGUGUAAUCGCUUCCAUAAUCCAGGAUGCUGCUUCUAUACCUAAUGCAGAAAUUUAUGCUUUCCAAAGCAUCUCUCCCUUCACUUUGUUCUACAACAUCUGGGAAGCCAGGGGGAAACCUUUCCAACUAGAAGCUGAAGUAGCUGAAAUACAAAACAAGCUCCCAUCCCUUGACGGUUGCUUCAGCUCUGAGUUCGUAAAUUUUGUGACUUACCAAUACCAAUUCAUGAAUUUUCAAGCUGGAGAACUCUAUAACACCUGCAGAUUGAUUGAUGGUACUUACAUUAACCUUCUAGCAAAACUACAGACCAAUGUGAACAGAAAACAAUGGGCCAUUGGCCCAUUAAACCCUCUAAAGAUCCAUGAGCACAGCAAUCCAACUAGACGUCACAAAUGCUUGGAGUGGCUCGACAAACAAACACCAAAAUCUGUACUAUACAUUUGUUUUGGAAGCUCAACUUCCAUGCCCGAUGACCAGAUAAAUGAACUUGCAAUCGGGUUAGAACAAAGCAAGACAAAGUUCAUUUGGGUAUUGAGAGAUGCUGAUAAAGGAGACAUUUCCACGGAAGUUAGGCAACUCAAACUUCCUGAAGCGUUUGAGGCAAGAACAGAGAGAUCAGGAAUGGUUUUGAGAGACUGGGCGCCCCAGCUUGAAAUUUUGGGGCAUCCAUCUACUGGUGGAUUCAUGAGUCAUUGCGGAUGGAAUUCGUGCAUGGAGAGUAUCAGCAUGGGAGUACCUAUUGCGGCGUGGCCUAUGCAUUCAGACCAACCGAGGAACACUGUUUUAGUGACACAAGUGUUGCAAAUCGGCCUGGUUGUUAAGGAUCGGCAAAGGAUGGAGGACAAGGUGACAUCUUCUGACAUCAAGGAAGCUGUAAGGAGAUUGAUGGCCUCGAAGGAAGGGGAAACAAUGAGGAAAAGGGCAGAGGAACUAGGAGAAGCUGUCCGGGAACAGUCUGCUGCUCAAGGUGGAGUUUCUCGUGUAGAAUUGGAAUCUUUUAUUGCUCAUAUAACUAGUUAGGAAUUGUGUAAACUUUCAAAAAAAAAAAGAAGAUAGGAAUUGUGUUGCGAAGGCAAAUGUAAGAAGCUUCUUUGUCAUCUCAAAUAAACUCUGGCCAAUGCUCAAUAA